ACCCACCCCAAUCCAAAAGAGUUACACCUUCCAAAACCCAAAAACAUCACCAUUCAUCGAGAACAUCUGUAUAGCAGAGUCGUCUUCUUCACUAACACCUUCUUUCUCUCUCUUCUACUCACUCACUCUUCCAAGCACCCAGAAAUCACAAAAAUGGUGGCAGCUUCAAUUUCAACCUAUUUUACUUGUUCUUCAAUUGCUUCUCAGAAAACUAAAACCUCGCCAUUUCCAUUGCUCUCCCAAAGAAGCUCGAAUAAAUCGAUUGUUUCUGUAUUAUCCAAUUACUCCAGUGAUUAUUCAUCUAUUUCUGGAUUAUCUAGUAAAAGCAUUGGUCUGCCUUUGAAGCCCGAUCAAUCUGGUCAGUACAAUUCAACUUUAAGCAAUGGGCCUAUAGAAGCCAGAAAGGGUAAUCCACCUGUAUUGCCUGCUGUAAUGACACCAGGGGGACCUUUGGACCUUUCUAGCGUUUUAUUCAGGAACCGGAUCAUAUUUAUUGGGCAACCAGUGAAUUCUCAGGUGGCUCAACGUGUUAUAUCUCAGCUAGUAACUUUGGCAACUAUUGACGAAAAUUCUGACAUACUGAUGUAUUUAAACUGCCCUGGUGGAAGCACAUAUUCCGUGUUAGGGAUUUAUGACUGCAUGUCUUGGGUAAGCUCCAAAAGUUGGACAGUUUGUUUUGGUGUAGCUGCAAGUCAAGGUGCACUUCUCCUUGCUGGUGGAGAAAAGGGGAUGCGUUAUGCGAUGCCAAAUUCACGUGUUAUGAUCCAUCAACCACAGAGUGGAUGUGGGGGUCACGUUGAGGACGUCAGGCGUCAAGUGAAUGAAGCAGUUCAGUCUCGCCAUAAAAUUGACAAGAUGUAUGCUGCAUUCACUGGUCAACCACUUGAAAAAGUACAGCAAUACACAGAGAGAGAUCGUUUCUUAUCUGUUACAGAGGCGAUGGAGUUUGGUCUUAUAGAUGGCAUUUUGGAAACAGAGUAUUGAGGAUGCUGCGUAUGACAUGUUGCAAUCAUUUCAUGGAUGCAUCUUUCUUAUAGCUGUUGUACGAAGUAUCGUUCACUAGUUGUCCAAUACUAAUUUUGUUGCGUUGCAAUCUCAGCUUAACUAAUUAAGUUGCAACAUUGUAAUUGGAAGGGACAUGGUUGUUGUCCUUGUAUAUCUUCAAAGAGGAUUUAUAUUCAAUUUUUUUGAAAAUCAAAUGGUAAAUUGCAGGCAAGUAAUGUUCCAAUUGAUUUUGUUUUGCUGAACAGAAACUCUACAGAUCCAAAUUCUGCUUCUAGCAGGAAUGGUUUCCGAUUAGAGAGGGAGAGG